AUGAUUAAAACCAAGACUAGAAAACUUAGGAAAUAUCUUAGACGGAUAUUUGCACGUUUGAACUUCAGAAAACAUCAAAGACGACAAACGUCUUUUUCAUCGAUAUCCCUAGAAGUAUCAGUGCACAAUCCAGACACUGGACAAUCUCCAACCUCAAACAAGCGACCAAAUUGUGUCGAUAUUAGACGACGCAAUUCGAUUAUUCCGCUUGCUAAACCGCACAAUUCGGAUGCAUCUCGUUCAAAAUUAUCGAUACACACAAAGCCGGAAACAACGCAACUUUUCGGCUCGUCUACUCUAAAGCGGGCUUGGAGACGCCCACCCAGUCCUCCAUCAUACAUGCUUGUUGUACCUGACCCUGCCGAUGUCUUUAUACCAGUAAUAAAACUCACACCCGUACAAUGUUCAUGUGGCUGUUCCGCUCAGCAUGGGUACAGUCCGACGGAUGUGCAGGAAAUCAACACAAAUUUCCUUGAUCCGUAUUUUCAAGUUAGGAAACAGAGAAAUGCCACCAGAAAGACUCGAUCAAAUGAUGGUAUUCAACAAUAA